AUGAAGGUCCUCUCGCUGCUCGCCCUCGGCGGCCUCGCCUCGGCGCACUUCCAGCUCAAGUACCCCAAGUCCAUUGGCUUCUCCGACGACCAGGAGGACCAGGCGCCGUGCGGCGGCUUCACGCCCGACUUCUCCAAGGACGUCGUCGACUUCCACAUCGGCGGCGAGGCCCUCGCCAUGCGCCUCACCCACCAGCAGAGCAACUGGCUGUUCCGCGCCACCCUCGACCAAAAGGCCCAGUCCGGCUGGCAGCAGCUCUACCCCAUUGUCAUGCAGAGCGGCCUCGGCGACUUUUGCCAGCCGCGCGUCACCGUGCCCGAGAGCUUUGCGGGCAAAAAGGGCGUCGUCAGCGUCGUCUCGUCUGCCGUCGACGGCCUGCUGUACCAGUGCGUUGCCGCCAACUUCGUCAAGGGAUCGGCCGGCGAUGUCCCCUCCCAGUGCACCAACUCGACCAUCAAGGUCAGCUUCGUCGACGACUCGAAGCUGUCGGCCCUCGUGGGCGACGGCGCCAAGACCAGCACGGGCGGUGGCGGCUCCAGCGCGACCCCGACCAAGUCCGGCACGGCGGCGGCGACGUCUACGGGCGCGGCGGCGACGGUGCAGAUGCGGGCGGGCAGCGGCUUCGGCUGGGCCGGCGCGGUGACGGCGCUGGCCAUGGCGGCGCUGGGGGGAGCCUUUAUGGCUUGA